AUGAAAAAUCUUUCGUAUCCCCAAGCUCAUGUCAAGAAAGACAAGGAAAGGCAAUAUGUAAGAUUUAUGGAUAUAUUCAAAUGGUUGCAAAUCAAUAUACCAUUUAUGGAAGCUUUGGAACAUAUGACAAAGAUCCUUACAAAAAAGAGACGAUAUAUGGAUGAAGAGACUAUUCAUUUAGAUGCAAGUUGUAGUUCCAUUAUUCAAAGAACCCUUCCUAAAAAGGAGAAAGAUCUCAGCCGUGUCACGAUACCUAUCACCAUAGGAAGCGUGAACAUAGGAAAAGCACUCAUUGAUCUUGGCUCAAGUAUUAAUCUAAUACCAUUAUCAGUAAUCAGGAGGAUAGGUGAUUUGGAAAUGAAGAAUAUAAGGAUGACACUGCAACUAGCCGAUAAAUCCAUCACACAACCAUCCGACAUAGCUGAAGAUGUUUUGGUCAAGGUGGAUUUUUUUUUGUUUCCUAUUAAUUUUGUGGUACUAGACAUUGAAGAGGAUGAUGAUACUCCCCUAAUAUUGGGUCGACCAUUCAUGAAAACUGCACGGAUGAUGAUAUAUGUUGAUGAUGGAAUAAUGAAGGUUCAAGUCAAAGAUGAAGAAUUAAGAUUUAACCUAUUUGAAACAACACAUAAUCAAAGAGAAAAAAGAGUUUGUUUUAACCUGGAUGCAACUAAUGAAAUGAUCAUGGAUAUGUAA